UUUAACCGUCUAAGUUAGUUAACGGUAACUACUGAAAACGAAAACUAAAAAUAAAAAAAAAGAAAGAAACAAAACAAAAAAAUGUUGAUCGACGCGAAGAUGACCAGCACGUAGGGUGUAUAUCGUUUCCUGAUAUCUUCUGUUUUAUUUAUUUACUUCUAAAGAAAUCUGUCUUUCAAUAUGCCUGGAUUAAUGAAUGUUACAGAUUUUGUUGCCGAGACCAGAGAGGACUACAAUUCUCCAACUACAUCAUCCUUCGUCACUAAAAUACCCCUAUGUCGUCAAACAGUUAGUUCUCUAGAAGAGACACUUGAUUUUGAUCGAGAUGGCCUAACCAAAAUGAAAAAAGCAGUAAAGGCAAUUUUUAACAGUGGUAAUGCACACGUGGACAAUGAAGUUUAUUUAUCUAAAGCAUUAGACAGGCUUGGAGCAAAUGCCAUGACAAAGGACCAAGAACCUGACAUAGGUGCAGCUUUCAUAAAGUUUUCUAUUGUUACAAAAGAAUUAUCAGCCUUAAUGAAAACCCUUAUGCAGAAUUUAAAUAACAUCAUAAUGUUCCCACUAGAUAAUUUAUUGAAAGGAGAUUUAAAAGGUGUCAAAGGUGAUCUCAAAAGGCCAUUUGACAAAGCUUGGAAAGACUAUGAAACUAAAAUAUCUAAAAUUGAAAAAGAAAAGAAACAGCAAGCAAAAGAAGCUGGACUAAUACGAACUGAAAUAUCACCUGCUGAGAUUGCAGAAGAAAUGGAAAAAGAAAGGAAAAUAUUUCAACUCCAAAUGUGUGAAUAUCUCAUUAAAGUUAAUGAAAUAAAAACUAAAAAAGGUGCUGAAUUACUGCAACAUUUAGUUGAAUACUAUCAUGCUCAAAACAAUUAUUUUCAAGAUGGUUUGAAAACUAUAGAACAUUUUAAUAAUUAUAUUAAAGAAUUAUCUAUAAAAUUGCAAAAAAUUAAACAAAAGCAAGAUGAGGAAAGGAAAAAGCUUGUUGAUUUACGUAACACUCUUAGAAAUUCUCCUUCCCUUGAUUCAAGAGAGAGCUUAGUACUUUAUCCAUCUGGUUACACACCUCACCAACCAUCAGGAAAUGAAAAUUUUGGUUACACUAAAGUUGGCAAUCUUUUUAAAAAGUCUGACGGAAAAGUAAGAAAAGUUUGGCAGAAACGAAGGUGUGAAAUUAGAGAUGGAUUCCUCUAUAUUUCUCAUUCUGAUGAAACAAAAGCACCUACAAAACUGAAUCUUCUUACAAGUCAAGUCAAAGUUGUGCAAGAAGAAAAAAAGUGUUUUGAUCUCAUAUCAUAUAAUCGAACCUACCAUUUCCAAGCAGAAGACGAGAAUGAGAUGGAGGUAUGGAUGUCUGUUCUUGUAAAUUGUAAAGAAGGAGCACUCAGGAAAGCAUUCGAUGAUUCUGGUCAGACGGGUGGAACUAAAGUCAAUCAAAGUCUAAUGGAACUUCAGCAGGGUAUUAUUCGACAAGUACAAAGAUUACCUGGUAACGAUCGCUGCUGCGACUGCAACUCUUCUAAAGAUCCAACCUGGCUCUCUACCAAUUUUGGAAUAUUGAUGUGUAUCGAGUGUUCAGGCAUUCAUCGAGAUUUAGGAGUUCACAUAUCACGUAUCCAGUCAUUAACAUUAGAUAAUAUUGGAACAUCUCAGCUUUUACUUGCCCGAGUGAUGAGUAAUGCUGGUUUCAAUGAUGUCGUUGAAGCAACCCUUAGUCAAUCCCGAAAACCUACGCCUCUAAGUUCCAUGGAAGAGAGGUACGAAUUCAUUCGUAGUAAAUAUGUGGACAGAAAAUUUGCCAUCCGGACGUGCUCAGACGAGAAUGACUUGAAGAAUGAUCUAGAAUGUGCUGUAACUUCCAAGCAUUUAUAUCAGUUGCUUCAAGCAUUUGUGGAAGGUGUAGAUUUAACCUGUGUUUUACCUAAUAGUGCAAUAGGAGAGACAAGUUUACAAGUUGCUGUUUCACAAGAGGAUGGUUCUUCUUUACACAUUGUAGAUUUUUUAGUCCAGAAUAGCUCAAGUCUCGACAAGCAGACCGAGGACGGAAGUACAGCUCUUCACUUGUGUGCUCAACGAAACCGGUCAGAAUGCAUGAAACUUCUACUGCGAAGCGGUGCUAACCCACAAAUCGAGAACCGGGAAGGAAAGACUCCCCUCGACAUUGCCAAAGAGAAAGAGUUUCAUACCUGCAGGGAACUACUGGAACAUGCCAUUCAGAACAAAAAAACACUGUUUGAGAAUGUAAGCAUUGACUGGGGCCUUUCCCAAGAAGAUGGCUCGACAGACUUCAGUGAUGAAGAUGGUGAUGAAAAGGGUGGUCAAAUAACUCCUGAGCACAUGAACCGCUCUCGACCAUCCAGCGUAGUGGGUAAUGAGUCUCCCACUAGCAGGUCUAGCACUAUUAGUGAAACAAUAAAGCAAAGUCCGCUAGUAACACCACGCUCAAUGCCUCCUCCACCUCCACCUCAAAAUAAAAAACCUUUCAUCCCAGGUUUGAGUUCGCAUGGUAGUAUGAAGAAGCGUGCGGCGCCCCCGCCUCCAUCCCAAAUAGACAGUCCUGCCACACCCUGCCAUUCCCGUACUCCUUCUGAUCCAGGACUUUCCCAAUCCCCUACCGGGAUCAUACAUCGGAGAAACCAUUCCACUGACCUUGUGUCCUUGCGCCCUCAUUCCAUCAACUAUUCCAGUUCCUCUUCCUCCGUAGACAACAGUAGCAUCAAUCACUGGUUCCAGACGAAUUCUCCUGCACCAGGUGCCAAACAGCUGCUGCCAAAGACUUGUGAAUUUCCUGUGCUCAAAAGUGUAGAAAAAUCUAUUAUGUCUAAUACAGGAUCCCUACAAAGGCCAAAAUGUCCACCACCUCCCACACCCCCAGUUGCUAGUACUGAUGCUUUGGAAACAUUAAGCAAUGGUCAGUCUACUGACAGUUUGCCUCAGUCAUGUGACUCAAACAGUAGUCAAAGUCAAACACCCGUACCUCCACCACGGAAAAGACACGAUCCCAUAAAAUUGAGGCGGUGCCGAGCUCUGUACGAUUGUGAUGCGGACAGAGAAGACGAGCUCUCUUUCAAAGAAGGUGAAGUCAUCAUCAUUAUCAGUGAAAUAACGGAUGAUGACGACUGGAUGGAGGGCAUGAUAGAGGGUCAAACGGAGAGGCGGGGAGUUUUCCCUUCAAGCUUUGUACAUGUUCUAAAAGAAUGAUUGAUAUAGGAAGUCCAGGUGAUAACAUGAAAGUUAGUCUUCCGUUGUUUGUGGCUCUGCCCUUCGCACAAACCAGACAGUUCUUCCUACUUCAAAAAAAAACAAACAUCCUUCUUUAAACAGAUUCUGAUUUAAAGGAACUUAAGAGUUGGUAAAUUGCAAAAAUAUAUUACCAUAAUAUCAGUAUUUUCCAGUAAAUACAUGUUUUUGCAUCACUUAUCCACUACUUUCCUGAUUGCUUGCUCAAAUUUUGAUUUCAAUUUUGAUACUAUAGUAUUUUAUUUCGUAGACUAGAUUGUUUUAUUUAUUGUGUGAUUAACUAGAGUCCUGUGGCAAAAUUUUCUCGAGCUUUCUGCGACUUACCUUUCUAAUUUUAAUAUCUUUCUGCAAGAUACUAAUAAAAAUAACAAAUAUGCAUGUUGCUAAUUCAAAGUAACAGAAACGUCAACUUCAAAAAAAAAAACUAUUUCAAAUUAAGUAAUUUUUUAAAAAAAUAGUAAUAUUUUAAUAUUAUGGGCGUUAUUCUAGUAUUUUGUAGGGGAAAAACACACUGAUUAUUCAUUCUCCUUUUCGUAUAUUGUAAAUCGUCAUCACAUUUAAAAAAUUCAUGAAAUCCAUAGCAGAAAAAGAU